AUGGAUUUGAUCCGAAGCUUCCACGCGAAGCUACGGUCUCUGGCCAUCACCCUCGACAGCGAGACGGCCCGGCUGCAGCGAGCGCUGGACGGAGAGGAGAGCGACAUUGAAGAUUAUCCAGUGAGAAUUUUAUGUGACCUUCUUUCUGAAGUCCAGACUCUAAAGGAUGAUGUCAUUCUUCUUCUUGAUAAAGCAAGUUCGGAAAGUCAAGAAAGCAUUGGUUUCAUAAAGGCAACAAAAGUACUAAUGAAAAAAAAUUCAAUGGAUAUCAUGAAAAUAACUGAGUUUUUCCAGAAGUAUGGAUAUAAUCCGCGUGCCAAGAAAAGCUCAGCGGAUGAACAAGAAAUCACUGACUCUGACUCAGAGUCCACUAAGCAUGAAAAUGUCCAAAUGCCUGAUGUGAAGGACAGUCUGUCCAAUCCUGCUGUUCCAAGCACUGCUAGUUCUGAGAAGUCUCCACGGAGUCCCCAACUUUCAGAUUUUGGGCUGGAGCGGUACAUGAUAUCCCAAGUUCCACCAAACCCUCCACAGGCAGUAAACGACCAUGAAGAAGAGCCCAGAAUUGUAACUCCAUCUUCCAAGCAGUCCGUAGUUAAAGUACUAAAAACUCCAAAAUGUGCCCUAAAGAUGGAUGAUUUUGAGUGUGUAACUCCUAAAUUAGAACACUUCGGUAUCUCUGACUGUACUGCGUGUUUGAAUGAAGAUUACACGAUGGGACUUAAAAAUAUGAAGGAGAAUAAAAGUGAGGAGGCCAUAGAAUCAGAACCGGUGACCAGUAAUCAUUUCUUUGCUACUCCUGGCCUCAUAAUCCAGCAGUUGAAAAAAAAUGAUGGCGACUAUACAGAUUCCCCCUUGGCACCCACGUUCUGCACUCCUGGUUUGAAAAUUCCUUCUACAAAGAACAGUAUAGCUUUGGGAUCCACAAAUUAUCCAUCAUCGGAAACAAAUAGUUCAUCAAACGAUUUGGAAAUGAAAGACUGUACAUCGUUAGUUUUAAAUUCGGAGAAGUGUUUUGAGAGUUUUGCGGAUCCCUCUUCUCCCGUAAUUUCUUCUUACGAGAAUCUGCUGAGAACACCUACACCUCCAGAAGUCACUACCAUUCCAGAAGAUAUUCUUCAGAUUUUAUCAAAAUACAACUCGAACCUAGCUACUCCAGUGGCAGUGAGAGCCGUGCCACCCGGCAAAGCGUUCCUCGCCAAAUACGGAGCGCCACCGAGCGUCCGAGGUGCUGGCAACAAAGAAAACUGGUGA